AUGGCGACAGCUACUGGAUCUGUCCUUGCGAGGACAGAUCUACUCCUGGGAUCGGAACUUCUUCUUCUACGGACGAUACUAGUAAUUGGAGUCCUGUACAACUUGAAGAAGUAUGUAUGCAAGCUGGUGACACUUCUUUAUACCAAUAUAUGGAAGUUGUGUAGUUUACUUACUAUUCUACUUGGUCUCAUUGGCACGCCCUAUGCCUCCAGACAGAUUUACAACACGAUUCAGUUGACUCAGCUUUUAGUUUUUGGAGCCUCGCUAUGGUUAAUAACCCUUACCAUCCUGUACUUCUUAAAAGGAACCACCUCUCGUCCUUUUCGAGUAAAUGCAGCCCAACUACCAGGAGAUCUGGCGAUGCGUCUAACGGAUCUGGAGAGUAGAAUAUGGCGGUUAGAAAGAAUAACUAAGAGUUUAAUCGAGUUAAAUGGUCGUGCUCAUGUGAGUGUAGUGCAAGUCGACAAAAGUGUGGGCGAGAACUCAAGAUCCAAUAAGCGAAAGUCCCGUUUAGUGUUCAAAGAAACACCAGAAAGGGAAAUAACUGGAGACCCAUCCAAGUCCAGAGACAUUACUCAACAUUUCUCAAUCGAUCAACAAGAGACUAAUGAUGAGAAUAUGGAUGGACAGAACCACGAAGAAGAAACCGCUACGAAUACCCAGCGCAGGGGACGUAGAUCUACUUAUCACCGUUGUGAACACUGUGGGGCUAUGGUAGCAGAGUUCCAUAAGUGUUGGGUUCUGGAACAGAAAGUCACCUGCUUCAAAUGCGGACAGCCUAACCACGUAGCUAUGGUUUGUAAGAACCAGCCUGGUGGUAUGUCAGUUAAGUUUAAGGGUGCCUCCAAGGUCGAUUUCGUAUUAAAGGAAAUAGAACGACUUGUGAAAAUUAAAGACCUUCUAAUGAAGAAUAUGAAAGAGUCUGUUGUUGAACAAACACAUCAAGUAGAGCCAAGUGAAAUCAUUCCUGUAAUAAAUACUUCUACUCCUAACAGUAGCUCGACAACACAAGAUUUAGAUAACUCCCCUUUUGUGGGAACGCCGGCGUCAAACAUCAAUUAA